AUGCCCCGGAAAAGCGCUCAUUCAUCGCGGGAACCCCGACCAGAUGAUUGUCCCAUUCAAAUUCUCGGCUCUGACGGAAAUGUGAUCACGGUCCCUUCAUCAAUCUUAACCCAGGCCGGGAUCAACAUCCGCGACUCUGAAGAGCUCACACAUCAACAGGUGGCAAAUGUUCUGAGUUUGAUGAACGCCGAUCAAUCCGAGUCUCAUCAAAGCACGUCAGCUGAUGAGCGAACAAGAAAACGCUCACAUUCACUUGACAUGAAUCGAUCUGAGCAAAAUUCACAACAAGCAACUUUUACAAUAAAUGGGACGGAUGAUGGAGGAUUGGAAUUGAUCGAUUCGACAACUGGCCGACAUUUUUAUUUAUCUCCAAGUCAACUCGAGGAGAAUGGGAUCACGAUUGAAAAUGGAGAACUGAGCCAUGACGAGUUGACACAGAUUAUUCAAAUGACGGUCAAUAUGGGACAAGGAGAAGGAAAUGAAAGAGAUGGGGAAACGGGGAUCGAGGAAAGACGAAAUCUUCCACCCGCAAAACGGUCAAAGGAAGGCUAUCAGAAAGCUGGAGCUUCACGGGCAAACACUUUAGGUCAUCAAGUCGAAUUUCGACGACCAAGUGGCUCAGCUGAUGUCGGGGAUAAGGUGCAAUUCAAGAGAGCCGGCAAAGUACAAGAGGCAAUUGUUAGGUACAUUCGAAGCCAAGCCGGCUACAAGGUUCAAUUUGAUGAUGGACACUUUGAAUGGAUCGAUGAGGGGGAUCUCAUCAAUCAGUCCGAUCAUAGAGAUCAUCAGAGG